CCAAGCCCGUGCUUGGCACAUAUGCUUCCUGGUGAUCUCGUGUCCUGUGCCUCGAAGAAACAUGAAGUACCAAUACAUCAUGGUGCCUCUGGUCGCCGUCCUCAUCUUCAUAACAUGGAUCCCGCUGUCGCUGAGUUGUAACAAAGCUCUCUGUGCUAGUGAUGUGAGCAAGUGUCUUAUUCAGGAGCUAUGUCAGUGUCGACCGGGUGAAGGAAACUGUUCCUGUUGUAAGGAGUGCAUGCUUUGUCUAGGCACGCUUUGGGAUGAGUGCUGUGAUUGUGUUGGAAUGUGUAAUCCCCGCAAUUACAGCGACACCCCCCCAACAUCAAAGAGCACCGUGGAGGAACUGCACGAACCAAUUCCGUCUCUCUUCCGAGCUCUCACCGAAGGAGACACUCAGCUGAACUGGAACAUAGUUUCUUUUCCCGUUGCCGAAGAGCUCUCACAUCAUGAAAAUCUGGUUUCGUUUUUAGAAACCGUCAACCAACCCCAACACCAGAACGUGUCUGUCCCCAGCAACAAUGUCCAUGCCCCAUAUUCCAGCGACAAAGAACACAUGUGUACUGUGGUUUAUUUUGACGACUGCAUGUCAAUACAUCAGUGCAAGAUCUCUUGUGAGUCCAUGGGAGCAUCUAAAUACCGAUGGUUUCAUAAUGCCUGCUGUGAGUGUAUUGGGCCUGAAUGUAUUGACUAUGGCAGUAAAACCGUCAAGUGUAUGAACUGCAUGUUUUGAAGAAGAAAUAGGAGUUGUAUAAAAUGCAGGCCAGAAUGAUUUUUUUCAUUGAAAAGGAAGGGAUCGAAAGUCACUCGUUGGUGAAGUGUACUGGUUGCAUCAGAAUACCAGCGAUUUGCGGUGAGAAGAUGUAAAAAAUUUGAAGUCUGUUUCUAUCUUGUUUUUGCUUUUUUAAAUGCAACAGAAAUUAGUAACAAUUUUGAAUAUCAUGUUUUAAGUUUAUUUCUUUUUUAGAAAUCCACUGAGCAUUUGCCUUUCCUUACCUGGUAUAUGCGAGCAGUAAACUCUGUUUUGAAUAUAUUCUCAUUUUGAUUUUGAUACUGUAACGGUUGUUUUAGUGAUUUUAAGAUGAAGCUUUAAGGUGGUGACUGCAAGAGGGCCAGCAUUUAAGUUUAAUCAAGUCCAAAAAGUAACCAUUUGAAUGGAGAAUUCACCAAAACAUCUGAGUUUCCCUCCCCAUCCAGCCAAAAUAAAAUGUACUGUCUCUGCCAGGCCUCCAGAUAAUCAUGGAUGGAAAUGAAGAGUUUGGGUUUUGUAGAUUCUUCCUCUAGACUGUAAGCUCAUUGUGGGCAGGGAAGUGUCUAUCAUCUGUUACAGUGUACUCUCCCAUACUUGGAACAGUGCUCUGCACACAGUAAGUGCUCAAUAAAUACCAUUGAUUGAUUCCUGAUAUUUUGAAGAUUUAUAAUUGGUUGAUUAAGAAUAAUGUCAACCGGGUGGGGUAGGUUUCUUUGCAUUCCUGUGCAUCAUACCAUCCCUUUACUUUCCCUCAGACUUUUAAUAACAUUGAGAUACUGUAUACUAAUCCUGAUCUAUUAAUUGUUCUCACUUGUAUCAUAGCAGAGUCGGUAAAUUGAAUUUCAGAACGUCCAAAUUUUAUGCCUUUUGCUUUUUUUAAAGGCUUAAAGCUCUAAAAAGUUCAAACUUUUAGAAAUGUAUUUUAUUGAGACUUAAUGGAAGAUGGAGUGCCAAAAUGACUGGAAAAGGCUUCCUGUUUCCUUCUAGCUUUCCUUUUUUUCUGAUAUGCUUUUCAAGCUUGUUCCAUAAUUGAAAUUGUGGAUACUGAAGCACAUCUAGGAAGGCUGUGCCUGCUCAGUAGUGUGAACAGUCUGUAUUACACUAAUAACCUGGUUAGGUAGAGUGCCGUAAAUUUGAAAUUGUCAACAACUCCCCCAUAGGAAGUGAGUAAUCUGCAUAUCAUCUCACGAAGAGCCCUUGGAGCGUGGAACAGCUGCCAGCCGAUAGCGGUACAGGUUUUGAGGGCAGUGGAUGGGACGUCAGGAAAAGAACAUAAUAGAACUAAAGUGUCUCGUUUUGGAAUAUUACAGGGAGAGAGUUGUUUUUCAAGUAAGUAGUAGUGGAAGGAGAAUCAGGUGAAAAUGGGAAAGAGAAAAUGAAGUGAAGUUGUCCUUGAGCAGUUAUGGUGAGGGAAAAGAGGGGGAUGGUUGGGGAAAUGGGACUAGAAAACCAACAUUUUAGGCUUUCAGUUUUUUGUUUGAGUUGGUUUGCCUUUGGUUUUUUUUGUUCUGGAUUUUUUUCCCCCUUCAAUUUUAAAUCAGCUUAUGCUGGACUCCUACCCACAGCUGAACACAUGGGAUGAAAUGUGAUGCCACUAACUAGAGGGAAACUUUUGUAUUGUUAUUUUGUUUCCACGUCAAUUUGGCCGUCACUCUUAACUCAUACCUGUUAUGCAUAUGGAAUCAGGAUAAGUGAGUACUAGCGCAUGAGGUUUUCUUAAUGCUGAGUUCUGUUUGAAGGAAACCCCUGGGUUAUAGGAGAACUGGGUGUAAGUUCAAAUCCAGUAUAAGUAAAUGUAGGAGAUAUACAUAAUCUCAUAAGAGAUAUAAAACUUCUUUGAAAGAAGACUAAAUACAUCAUUAGAAGUAAAGCAUAUUGAGUAGGUACUGCACAUUACAAAUCAUUAAUGAGUACAUUGGAUUUUUCUAGUGAAAUCAAGUAUUCGAAAAAGCCUGAAUGUUUUGGAACCUUAGGAGAAAUUCAAGAUGCCAUAGUUAAUAUGAAGUUUGUGUCUAGUAUGUGAAUGACCUUUCAAAAACAGAAACAUUUUACCUACCCAUAAUUAUUAAUUGUGGUAUUUAAAUGCUUACUAUGUGUCAAGCGCUGUACUAAGCACUGGGGUAGAU